AUGGUAAAAGCUAAUGUAACUUCCAACAAUUCAUCUACAAAUAAACCGAUAGAUGAAAUAUUAGAUACUGCAACUCAAAGGACCACAAUAAGUUCCACUGAAGAAAACAUUAAAGUAACGACAGAAAGUUUUACAAUAAAACCUUCUACAGUAGAACCUUCUACAAUAAAAGCUUCUACAGUAGAACCUUCUACAGUAAAACCCAUUGCAACAAUACCUCCAAUGACGGCUACAAUCAAACCAAUCACUACAACAACUACUAUUAUGCCAACAAAUAUAGAUGAAUCACCAAAUGAUCAAAGUUAUAAUGAAAAUCAAGAUCAUCUAAAUAACAUGGAUAAUACUUAUUUAUCUGAAUCAGCUACAGAACCUCCAAUAAACAUAAAUAAAAAAAGUUUUAAUGAAACUGAGAGAAGACAAGUUGGAGAAAAUAAUACUUUUAAACUUGUUGGAAUAGGUGCUGGUAUAGUAGUAGUAAUAGCUGUAAUUAUUGGUAUCAUUUUAUGCAUAGUUUAUACAAAAAGAAAAAUGAAAGCCAAAAAAUUGAAAGAAGAAGAAAUGAAAAUUAAUAAAGCAGCCAGAUGUCGACUUGAUUCAAAUUUAAAUAUUAAUGCUGAUAAAACUUUAACAUAUAGAUCUGAUAAAGAGAGAAAACAUAGUGAAAGGAAUUCAGUACAUCAAAAUAACAAAAAAAGGAAUACACAUUAA